AUGCAGCGCGUUAACGGCGAGGAAACUCAAGAUUUGGGUGAAUCUCACGUAGCUGUUGGGAGUGCAGUGACUGCGCCCAAGACGGAGAACACUGCGCUCGCCGGCGCCCAGCCCUUUGGCGCGUCGCACUACAGCGACUUUUUGAGCAACGUCUCCAACUUCAAGAUCAUCGAAUCUACUUUGCGCGAAGGAGAGCAGUUUGCGAACGCUUUCUUUGAUACGGACACCAAGGUCCGGAUUGCCAAGGCACUUGACGAGUUUGGUGUGGACUGCAUCGAACUGACCUCGCCCGCGGCAUCAGAGCAGAGCCGCAAAGACUGCGAGACGAUCUGCAAGCUUGGCCUGAAGACCAAGGUUAUUACCCAUAUUCGGUGCCACAUGGACGAUGCACGCAUCGCUGUAGAGACCGGCGUAGACGGCGUGGAUGUCGUCAUGGGCACGUCCAAGUUCCUCCGCGAGUACUCGCACGGUAAGGACAUGAUGUACAUCACCAAGUCUGCGAUUGAGGUGAUUGAAUUUGUGAAGAGCAAAGGCAUAGAAAUCCGCUUUUCUACCGAAGACUCGUUCCGUUCCGAUUUGGUCGAUCUCCUUAGCAUCUACCAGGCAGUGGACAAGGUCGGUGUGAACCGUGUGGGUAUUGCCGACACGGUCGGUGUUGCAAAUCCCCGCCAGGUGUACGACCUGGUGCGUACUCUUCGCGGCGUAGUCGGCUGUGACAUUGAAUGCCACUUCCACAACGACACAGGCUGUGCCAUUGCAAAUGCCUAUACUGCGCUCGAGGCCGGCGCUACCCACGUUGACACGUCCGUGCUUGGCAUUGGUGAGCGCAACGGUAUUCCCAGUCUUGGUGGUUUCAUUGCGCGUAUGUACGCCGCGGACCGUGAUUAUGUCAUGAACAAGUAUAACCUCAAGGCGCUGCGCAGCGUAGAGAACCUUGUCGCGGACGCCGUCCAGGUCCAAAUUCCUUUUAACAACCCUGUGACAGGCUACUGUGCCUUCACGCACAAGGCUGGCAUUCACGCCAAAGCGAUCCUCGCAAAUCCAAGCACCUACGAAAUCCUCAAGCCCGAAGACUUUGGUAUGAGCCGCUACGUUUCCAUUGGCCACCGUCUCACCGGCUGGAAUGCCGUCAAAAGCCGUGCGCAGCAGCUUAGUCUCGACCUCACCGACGAGCAUAUCAAGGCUGCGACGAACCGUAUUAAGGUCAUGGCCGACAUUAAGGACCAGACGAUGGAGGAUGUCGAUGCCGUGCUCCACGUUUUCCACCGCGCGAUUGCGAACGGCCAGGAUGUUAGUCACGACAAGGUGUUUGACCGCCUUUUGGAGCAACAUAACCAGUCGGGUGCUGUAGAGGAUGAGACGUCCGAGACACAGGCUUCAUAA